UAAAUUGACAAGUUUCAAAAAUCAUAUUUUCUUGAUUAUUUAAUUUAAUUUAAUUAAUUCACAACCUAUUAAUUAACAAAAAUAACCCUCACUCACCUUAAUACACUCCCAUAUCUUUCUUCUCUGUAAUCCCUCUCACAACCCACCAUCGAUCACCGACACACACAGACAACGACAACCACCACCACCACACCUAAAAAAAAAAAGCACAUAACUCGUUCUCUCUCUCUCCCAAAAAAACACAACCCUUUUUCUUUUUUAAUCCUCUCACGAUCAUCUCCCUUCAAAUGGACGAUUUUGCCCUUCAACUUCAAGUCCUAUGCAUGUCACUGCUAGCGUUUGCCACCUUUCUCUGCUACAUCAAACAUCGGUGGUCACGGCCUGAGUCACCGUCCGAAUCAACUCCACCGUCACCGCCAAAGCUUCCGAUUAUCGGUCACCUCCACCUCCUCACCGACAUGCCCCACCACGCUUUCGCCCAACUCGCUCGCAAACUCGGACCCAUCAUCUACCUCCAACUCGGCCGAGUCCCCACCCUUGUCAUCUCCUCCGCUCCACUCGCCCAACUCGUCCUCAAAACCCACGACCACGUCUUCUCGAAUCGCCCCCAACUCGUCUCAGCUCAGUACCUCUCCUUCGGCUGCUCCGACGUCACGUUCUCCCCUUACGGCCCAUAUUGGCGCCAAGCCAGAAAGAUCUGCGUCACCGAGUUGCUGAGUCCAAAACGAGUCAACUCGUACCAACUCGUCAGGGAAGCGGAGGUGAACCGGUCGAUUUCCACCGUGUUAACUCAGUCCGGGUCCAACAUCGACAUGAGCGAGUUGUUCUUCACCUUGGCGAACAACAUACUGUGCCGAGUGGCGUUCGGGAAGCGAUUCAUAGACGAGUCAGGUGACUCGGCUGGUGAGCGAAAGAAGCACGAGUUGGUGGGUGUUUUGACGGAAACGCAGGCUUUGCUUGCCGGGUUUUGUGUAGGGGAUUUCUUUCCGGAGUGGGACUGGGUCAACUCAGUGAGUGGGUCGAAACGGAGGUUGAAGAAGAACUUGGAUGAUCUGAGAAGGGUGUGCGAUGGGAUUAUAGAUGAACAUGUGAAGAAGAGAGAGAGUAGUGAGGGUAAUGAAGACUUUUUGGACGUUUUGCUUGGUGUUCAACAACGAGAAGACCUUGAGGUGCCUAUUACAGACGAUAAUCUUAAAGCUCUUGUUCUGGAUAUGUUUGUAGCUGGGACUGACACAACAUCAGCAACACUAGAAUGGACAAUGACUGAGCUAGCUAGGCACCCAAGAGUCAUGAAGAAAGCACAAGACGAAGUUCGAAAAAUCGCAGGCAGCGAAGGGAGCGUAGAGGAAAGCCAUCUCCAGCACCUGCAUUACUUAAAAUCAGUCAUAAAAGAAACAAUGCGACUCCACCCACCAGUCCCUCUUCUAGUUCCUCGAGAAUCCAUGGAGAGCUGCAUUCUCAAUGGCUACCAAGUUCCAGCAAAAACUCGAGUCCUGAUCAACACGUAUGCCAUAGGGCGUGAUGCAGAUUCUUGGGAGAAUCCUCUGGAAUACAAUCCCGAGAGGUUUGAGGACACUGGCAUCGAUUUUAGGGGUCAAGAUUUUAGGUUUCUACCGUUUGGGGGAGGGAGGAGAGGUUGUCCCGGAUUUUCCUUUGGGUUAGCCACGAUUGAGAUUGCAUUGGCUCGACUUCUGUAUCAUUUCGAUUGGGAAUUGCCCCAAGGAGUAGGAGCUAAUGAUGUGAAUAUGGAAGAAAUUUUCGGGUUAGCUAUAAGAAAAAAAUCAGCUCUAACACUCCUCCCAACUGCAAAUGAGGACUUUGGGUUCUUGUUCUUCAAUAGAGGUUAAUCCUUAAUUAGCAAUGAAGUACCUAGUUCCUAAAUACUUUUGAAAAUGCCUAUGUGAUUACUUGUACUAUGUGUUUGAUCAAUAAAGAAAUUAUUAUAUAUAAAUAGUAUC